CCUUUCCUUUACUUCUUCAUGGUAUCAAGAGCCUUUCUCUAACGAGUUCAGUUUUAUUUCGAUCCAAUCAUGUCGACCAUCACCCCCACCAUGCCAGUUACGUUGUCUUGCUUAUGGCCUCAACUCAUUUCCCCAUCAAACUUACCACGUCUAAUUACCCCGUCUGGAAGUGUCAGGUCCACCCCGCCUUAGUGGGUCUCGAUCUUGUUGGCUAUGUUGACGGUUCAAUCACGGCGCCGGACAUGUUUGUGGAUGCUGCCAAGACUCAGCCGAAUCCAUGCUACGCCAUUUGGUACCGGCAAGACCGCACUAUCAUCAGUGCGUUGCUCGGCAGUUGUGCUGAUGCUAUUCAGCCCUUGAUCUCAUCUGUCACAACGGCAAAACAGGCCUGGGAUAAGCUCUCGCUCACAUAUGCGAGUACAUCGAGGGGCAGGAUCAUCUCCCUCAAAACUUCUCUCUCGCGGAACACAAAAGGAGGCCGGUCAAUCACAGAAUAUGUUGCUGAAAUGUACGCCAUAUCUGAGGCGUUGGCUCUCGCUCAGAGCCCUAUCUUCGAGGAAGACUUGAUAAUAAACAUUCUCAACGGCCUUGGGGCUGAUUAUGGUGAACUACGCUCAGCCAUCCGUGUUCGUAAUACAUCUCUUCCCCUUGCGGAGCUGCAGGACAUCCUCUUGGAGCACGAGCAAAAACUUCAGGAAGCAGGUACGUUGGUUCAGAAUCUUGUAACCACAGCACAUUACACACAGGCUGCUGGACGUCCAUUUGAUCCGUCAAUGCAUACUGACCGUCGCCACUCUCACGCUGCUGAUCGCCGUGGACCCCAUGCACGUCGCGGUCGUGGCGGCAGUACACAUGGCCAGUACUGGAACCCUUCAAAUGGAGUAGUGUGCCGGUUUUGUAAUUUUUCUGGGCAUGAGGUCAAACAAUGCCGGAAAUUACAGAAAUUUCUCCGGGACAAUCAGAUUAUUACUCCGUCCGGUUCGGCCUCCCCGGUAGCUCAUACUACGACGGUCAACCCCAUGACCGGCGUCAUCUCUUGAAAAGAAUAACUAGAAGCAAACUCUUGGAAAUUGUAGUUUGAUCGGUCCAUCGCAGACGAAAAUUGCAGUUUGAUCGGUGCCAUCAAUCAUGAAGAGCAUUGUAUGAAGUACUCUAUAUUUUAGCAUUACAGUGUAAAAUAUUUUAAACUGUACAGUGUAAAAUAUUUUUUUUAAAAGUGCCCUACAG